UUUUGAUUAACCCUUUCCAAUUUUUCUUCUUUAGUUAAAUAAUAUGCAAUUAAAUAAUAUACCAGAUCCAAAAGCUGUAAAACGUAAAGGUAUAAUAAAUAUAGGUAAAAUAAACGUUAGAACGUCGUCUAAUAUACCCAUACACCUACUUACUUUCCUCAUUAUUUCCAAGUUUAUACAUGCUUUAUCGACAUUCAUAGCUCGUGAAUGGGUUCUACUACACGGUGCCCCUGCUUCGAUUGUAACGUUUGGAGUUUUAGGAGGAGCUGGUCUUUUUUUGUUGGUUUGGCAAAAAACUCUAAGUAGCCAUAGAGCAUUAAUGGGAAAGAAAUGGCUAAAAGUUGCGUUAUAUGCUUUAAUAUAUACGGCACAGAUUUAUUUCUGGUUCGCAGGAUUAUCACGUAUAAGAUCAACAAGAACUUUAAUAUUAACCCAAUUUUCAGAUAUAUGGAGCAUGUCAUUAAUAAGAUAUCUUUUAGGAAACUAUUCAUCAUCAGAUACUACAUUUAUAACCAGGGGAGCAUAUUAUGCGAUUUUGACUUUGGUCUUAUCGUUUUUUGUAGAUUUGAUAUAUGUCUUAAGUCCACGUUCAAAACCUCCGAUAUCUUUACCACAAUACAUGGAAACAAUUAAUGACGUCAGUUCUUUUGAUAAUCAUACACUUAGUAAUUUGAUUAUUGGGUAUAUUUUUAUACAAUGUUCAAUCGGUUUAUCAGGUUAUAAGCGAACAUUAGGAAAAAAAUUAGCAAUUGAUGUGGGUGGAAAUCGACGAUUGCUUGCUAUUUCUGUUCCUCUUGGAGCGUUAAUGAUUUCGCCUUUGGCUUUUGUUCAAUAUAUUAUGUAUUCUACGAGUUACAUAGGGAAUAUUAAAAAUACGAUUGUAAUGUAUGGAGGGUUGGGGAUUGGUCUAAUCAUAUUUGACUAUUUUGUUGGUCACUUUAUAAGUAUACAAGCUUCUACUCUUUCUCAUACUACAACAGGUUGGCCAAUUUCAAUUGGAAGCGCUAUUUUAUUGAGCAUAUUUUUAUUUUAUGGAGAAUUUUCGAUGCUGGACCUUGUAUUAGCCGGUAUUAUGUUUUCAGGAAUUUACUAUUUGAUAAGUUCUGAUUCACAAUUCGCAAAUGAGAUACAUUUUCCAUCACCCGGGAUUGGUAGUAGAGCUUUCGAGCUCCCGCUUCACUGCAGUGUAAAUCCUGCAAUUAAUACAAUAAAAGGACUCGGAAUCUUGAAAAAUAUUAGUUUAUACAUGAGAAUUAUUUUGGGCAAUCAUGAUUCGCGACAAAUUUUUUAUUUUUUAUUAUUAAAUUUAAGUUAUAUGUUUGUACAAAUGAUUUAUGGAAUUUGGACUAAUAGUUUGGGUUUGAUUUCGGAUGCUAUUCAUAUGUUUUUCGACUGUUUGGCACUAGCAGUUGGACUUUUUGCCGCCAUUAUGAGCAAAUGGCCAGAGAAUAACAAGUUUACAUAUGGAUAUGGAAGAAUUGAGACUCUUUCGGGGUUUGCAAAUGGAAUAUUCCUUGUUUUGAUUUCUAUAUUCAUUAUGUUCGAGGCUAUCGGUCGUUUGAUUGAUCCUCCCGAAAUGAAUACUGAUAGGUUAUUAUUAGUAAGCUUUUUAGGGCUUGUUGUUAACUUGGUGGGAAUUUUAGUGUUUAAUCAUGGUCAUCAUCAUCAUGGACAUUCUCAUGGACAUUCUCAUCAUAAGGAUGACAGUAAACUCCAUGGACAACAACAACAACAACAACAACAUCAUCAUCAUCAUCAUCAUCAUGAUGUUGAUAAUGCGAAUAUGGAAGGUAUUUACUUACAUGUAUUGGCUGAUACGCUUGGUUCAAUUGGAGUGAUAAUUUCAACUUUGCUUAUUAAUCAAUUUGGUUGGACCGGAUUUGAUCCCUUGGCUUCGAUAUUUAUUGCUGUAUUAAUUUUUAUGAGUGUUGUGCCAUUGAUUAAACAUUCGGCUGCAGUGUUAAUGCUUUCAAUAAAUGAUAAUCUUGAGUAUCACAUAACUGAAGGUUUACAUGAGGUAUUACAUGUCGAUGGAAUCGCAUCUUAUACGAUGCCACGAUUUUGGCCUAACGAUGGUGAACGUUUAAUAGGGAGUAUACAUAUUCAAAUUAACGAUCAGGUUAAGGAACAAUUUAUUAUUAGUGAAGUUACGCGAAUUUUAAAAUCUCAUAUAACGGGAUUAGAAGAAUUAACAAUACAAGUAGAAAAAAAGCGAGGGUUUAAUAGAUGUUUAUGUAAUCUUAAAAAUAACAAUAUUAAUGAUUCAAUUGUUAUUAGUAAUAAUAAAAGAAAAAGUUAUUAAUGAACUGUAAUUUAAUAUUAAUAAAUUUUUCAAACC